GGCACCAUAUUACUAUGCACCAGCCAGACCGAUAAACAAACACAGACCAUGAGUUCAUGCCCUCGAACAUGCGUCCGAUGAAACCAUCUAUAUGUAUUUAGUUUAAGGAAGCAUAGGUCCAUAAAAAGAUUAUUCUGUCCAAAUUUUCUGUCCUACAGUACUGUACCUGUCUGUCAACAUAUGUAUUUGCAUACUUCCACACACCCUGUUUGCAUAGAUGUGAUAAGUCAUAAGCACACGAGGGCAUGAGGUGAGCGGCUCCAUGAAAAACCCAAUUUAUUUUUAAACUCUGCUAUUAUUUCUUUAUGUUUAAAGCUUUUUUAAUGAGCAAAAAAAUCACAGAGUGCACCUUUAAGAUGUCUGUUCUUAAUGUGCUGAGCAGUAAGUUGCAGAGCUUAUUCUGUCUGGCUCGGUGUUCAGUGCAGUGAGCUAUCUGCCAAGUCUCUGCUCCUAUAUUUCCCACCCAAACGCAGCACCAGGAACUGUAGGAGGUAAAAGCAAAAUUACUUAAGUAACCUCACGUAGACAUUUCAGUUGCCUUGGAAAUGUAUGAAUUAGACGACCAUGUUCAAAGCCCUUGUGCAGAAUUAAAGUUGGCACAAGCAGUGUCUGAGAGUGCAUUCACAGAUUCUUUGUGUGGAUUGAGAUACCAGUGUUCUGCAUUUUUUUUAAAUAAUUUCCACAGUGGUAACAUAUUUAAUGAAAUAUACAAAUAAAGAGAAGUUUGCAGUUUUAGUUAUAUUCUUUGAUUCUAGCAGGAUUUUUUUAUUGAAGAGAGAGAGAGAGAGAGAGAGAGAGAGACUAAUACAUGUAUUGCUGGAGGAGGCGGGGCAUUCUGCCUUUUGUUGAUGCUGCUGCAUGAGAUUGUAUUCACUUCUGCCUGCGGGACGCUGAGAAACUCUCUUUACGACACUGAAACCUACAUCACCUAGAGCUUUUCUAUUCAUUACUGCAAUUAAACUUUCAUAGGAACAUGGGAAUUUGGGAAUAUACUCUUUAUUUUACCACCACAACCUGCCUAUGGAGUGGUAAGAAACCUAAUGAAUAUUUAAUUAUGAAAUACCCCUGAGCUUUGUUAAAUUAUUGGCUUUAUUUAAGUUAUUUUAAGUCAGACUGUUCAAUAAUAUUUCCUGCUUGCUUGUAAGAUUAGUGUUACAUAUCUGCUGUAUUUGGAUUUCAAUAUUUCAGCUGCUACUGUGUCAUCGAUUAAAAUUGAUGUUUUGGUUUGAGGCUUGUUUAUUUGAGGAUACAGGCCAGAAUGCCAAUUCAGGUUAAUAGGAAAGGACAGUAUUGAAAUCCGAUCAAAUGUUAGGUCAUUAUGUUGGCAGUUUACAUUUGAACAUGUAUGUAUACCAUCAUUUUACAUACAAAAAAGUACAUAGUAUCUUCAUUGAUGAGUUACAUCAAGUUCUCUAAGCUGUAUGCUGUCCAAAUCUGGCAAAUGUUAAAAAUAGUUCAAACAGGGAGUCAGAUGCAUACUUAAGGAAAGUGGUUGAGUCCAAUCAGUCAGACUUCCUGGUGGAGAUUUAAUCGCUGAAACCCAGCAGAAAAGCUUUGAUGAGAGUUUCAGAUCAAUACGCGGACAUCCAAAUGAGCUGGAACAGCUGCCUCUGUUGAUUUGCAAGCGUUCUCCUGAAUAUCUCAUUCACUGCACGCUGGAAGCAGUUCCCAGUGCAGAAUGACUGGAGGUGAAACUCUGCAACCGUGUAACACUGUUCGUUCUCUGACAGUGUCCCUUCAGGGAGAGCAUCAGAGGAGACUCUACAGAGACUUGAUGAAAGACUAUAACCCGCUGGAGAGACCUGUGUUCAACGACACACAAUCACUCACUGUGUAUUUCAGCUUCAGUCUCAUGCAGAUUAUGGAUGUGGAUGAGAAGAAUCAAGUGCUUACAACCAACAUCUGGCUGCAGCUGUACUGGUAUGACUACUAUCUUCACUGGAACAUGUCUGAAUAUCCCGGAGUGACGAGCGUACGAUUUCCUGACAGUCAGAUCUGGAAGCCUGACAUCUUACUGUAUAACAGUGCUGAUGAAAGGUUUGAUGCCACAUUUCAUACUAAUGUGCUGGUGAAUUCCUCUGGUGCCUGCCAGUACCUACCACCAGGGAUAUUCAAAAGCACCUGCCACAUCGAUGUUCGCUGGUUCCCCUUCGAUCUUCAGAGGUGUGAUUUGAAGUUUGGCUCCUGGACGUAUGGGGGAUGGUCUCUGGACCUGCAGAUGAUUGAUGCUGACGUCACAGGAUAUAUUGCAAAUGGAGAGUGGGAUCUUGUGGAGGUUCCAGGUCGACGGAAUGAGAGAUUCUAUGACUGCUGCAAGGAGCCGUACCCAGAUGUGACUUUCACAGUGGUGAUGCGGAGACGGACGCUGUACUACGGUCUAAAUCUGCUUAUCCCCUGUGUGCUCAUCUCUACUCUGGCCCUGCUGGUCUUCCUCCUGCCCGCUGACUCAGGCGAGAAGAUCUCUCUUGGGAUCACAGUCCUCCUCUCUUUAACAGUUUUCAUGCUUCUGGUAGCAGAGAUAAUGCCUGCAACUUCAGACUCUGUGCCUUUAAUAGCUCAGUAUUUCGCCACCACCAUGGUUAUUGUCGGCCUGUCUGUGAUAGCCACAGUCUGGGUAUUACAAUACCACUACCAUGACCCAGAUGGAGGAAAAAUGCCAAAAUGGACCCGUGUGGUGCUGUUGAACUGGUGUGCGUGGUUCCUGAGGAUGAAGAGGCCUGGUGAGGACAGAGUUCGCCCAGCUUGUCACAAUAAGCAGCCGCGCUGCAGCCUCUCCAGCGUGGAUCUGAACAUCAGCACUGGAGCCGCGCAGUCCACCAAUGGAAACCUUCUGUACAUCGGCUUCCGUGGAAUGGACACUAUUCACUAUGCCACUUCACCUGAUUCAGGGGUGAUCUGCAGCCGGCUCGUCGCCUCGGGUGAGGAGGAUGUGCUGCUCCCUGGGGCUCAGGCGUCUUCCAUUAGUAGUGGCCCUGGAGAAAGUGAACUGUCCAAAAUCUUGGAUGAAGUUAGGUACAUCGGCAAACACUUCCGGGACCAAGACGAGGAGGAGAGUAUGUGUAAUGAGUGGAAGUUUGCCGCAUCUGUCAUUGACCGUCUUUGUCUCAUGGCCUUCUCUCUGUUCACCAUCCUCUGCACCAUUGGCAUCCUAAUGUCUGCACCUAAUUUUGUAGAGGCCAUUUCCAAAGAUUUCUUUACCUGACGCCUUCGCAUAGAUGUUUGUACUCCUCAGAGCCUCUUAAGUGUCAUAUUUCUUUAAUAUAUUAACUAACAUUUUAUUUGAACUAAUUGUUCAUCUAAAAAGGAGAUUCACUUUGUAUGGAAAUGAGCAGCGUGAACAUUUUGCUUAGGUUCUUCUUUAGUAUUUCAUGCAAGAAAUUAAUUAUACAGACAUGAGGAUGAGUAAAUGAUUUAUAAAUCAUGAACCAUUCCUUCGUGACUGGUCUCAGCAUAUGUUUUUGAGUGUUUUUGUUUUAGUAUAUGUGUAAAUUGGUGUUCUAACUGAAGUGUGCACCAGAGACAGGACUGUAGCCUCAUAUGCACUUUAUAAAAGCUUAUAAUUUAUUGUUUGUUUUAAUAAAUGUAACCAUUUGCUUUACACACAUGCACAUAUGCAUCUAUGAAUUUCUGUAUUGUUAUAUCUGCCAUUAUGCUUUCUCUAUAUUUCUCACUGCUGUUAUAUAUAUAGUCUUUCAUUGUACGUCUUAUAACUGAUGGAGAAUUGGUCAGUGUAUGCGAUGAUAUGAAGGUGGACACCCCCCCCCCCUCAUUAUAUUGUACAGUAUAAUGACAAAUAAACAUAUUUUUGUAGGUUGAAUAUGAUCUGAUUCAAACUUAGAAAAUGUGUUAAAAAUGCUGUGAAAAACACUACAUUAAUCACUCAGAAAGUGUUAGGAAAACACAAUACUGUUCUUUCUGUCUAACUUCAUUUAACAACCUGUUCUC